CCCUCUUGCAGGAGGCUGCGAUUGCAGAAAAAGUACCUGGCACUCAGGAAGAGCUGGAUAAAAAUGUACAUCGCUGAGCUCAGGGAUCCCAGGAGCCCAGGAAACCGUCUGGUCUAAUAUCCUCAUUUCUCGAAGUUACAGAAAUAGGCAGAGAGGGCCAGGCACCUGCCCCAUCUGUAAAGGGCAAGGUUGGUCCCAAAUCCUGCCUGGGAUCCUCAAGCCCAUCUCCCCCACCUCUUGUUUCAAAUGACCUGGUCCAGUUCCUCCUAGGCAGAUGACCUCUCCACCUGGAGGCAGGGAUGGGGGACAGGAUCCCCAGAGGCUGCCCAGCUUUGUGACUAGGUAGGUGUGGCCCUGGUUUCCUGGACUGUCGGCCAAGCAGCCGCUCUGUGACAGCGGGCCACACCCAGCCCUGGGAGGGGUCAGGGGACCGUGGGCAGCUGCCACACUGGGACGCAGAGGUAGGUGCCUGAGGAGGAUGGCGUGCCUGGGUUUCCUCCUCUUUUUCCUCCUCCUCUUCCUCCUGGCCAGCACCGCGGCCCAGGGGGAGUACGGCGUGGUCCACGUGGUGUCGGACAACUGGAGCAAGGACUACUGCAUCCUCUUCCGCUCCGACUACGUCACCCUGCCCCGGGACCUGCAGCACGCCCCGCUCCUGCCCCUGCACGACGGCACGGGCACGCCCUGGUGCCCAGGCCAGGACUCCUCCCACCAGGCCCACCCCGACAGCUCCGCCAGCCAGCGGCCCCUCCAUCGGACCACCGCCAUGGUCAUGAGGGGCAACUGCAGCUUCUACGACAAAGGCUGGCUGGCUCAGGGCCGAGGCGCCCACGGGUUGCUCAUCGUGAGCCGGGUCAGCGGCCAACAGUGCUCAGACAUCACCCCGGUGGCCCAGAACCCCCGCAAGCCCCUCCCAGACCUCACCAUCCCCGUGGCCGUGCUCCGCUACACCGACAUGCUGGACAUCCUCAGCCACACCCACGGAGGCAACGGGGUCCACGUGGCCUUGUACGCCCCCCCGGAGCCCAUCCUCGACUACAACAUGGUGGUCAUCUUCCUCCUGGCCGUGGGCACCGUGGCCGUGGGCGGCUACUGGGCCGGCGUGACUGAGGCUGAAAGGCUGCAGCGGCGCCGGGCGCGAGGGGGCGGGGGGCCCGGCGGUCACCCUCCGCAGGGAGCCCUGGCGGCCCGGCGGGGGCCUGAAGACGACGACGAGGAUGCGCCGGUGGACUUCACGCCGGCCAUGACGGGCGCGGUGGUCACCAUGUCCUGCUCCAUCAUGCUGCUGCUCUAUUUCUUCUACGACUGCUUUGUCUACGUCAUGAUCGCCAUCUUCGGGCUGGGCGCGGGCACCGGCCUCUACAGCUGCUUGGUGCCCGUGGUGCGCCACCUGCCCGUGUGGCGGGACCAGCGGCCCCGGCCCGGCCGCCGGGCCCGCCUGCAGCUGCCCCUGCUGCUCCUGGCUGGCCUGUGCCUGGUGGUGACGGCCCUCUGGGUCGCCUACCGGAACGAGGACCGCUGGGCGUGGCUGCUGCAGGACACGCUGGGCGUGGCCUACUGCCUCUUCGUCCUGCGGCGCAUGCGCCUGCCCACCCUCCAGAGCUGCGCCUCCUUCCUGCUGGCCCUGCUAGUCUUCGACGUCUUCUUCGUCUUCAUCACACCCCUGCUCACCAGGACCGGCGAGAGCAUCAUGGUUGGGGUGGCCUCGGGCCCGGCAGAUUCCUUGAGCCAUGAGAGGCUGCCCAUGGUCCUCAAGGUGCCCCGGCUGAGCUUCUCGGCCUUGACCCUGUGUGACCAGCCCUUCUCCAUCCUCGGCUUCGGCGACAUCGUGGUCCCCGGCUUCCUGGUGGCCUACUGUCACCGCUUUGAUGUGCAGAUCCGCUCGCGGCAGGUCUACUUCGCGGCCUGCACAGCAGCCUACGCUGCGGGCCUGCUGGUCACCUUCUUGGCCAUGGCCUUCAUGCAGAUGGGCCAGCCUGCCCUACUAUACUUGGUGUCUAGCACCCUACUCACCAGCCUGGCCGUGGCCGCCUGCCGCCAAGAGCUCGCCCUCUUCUGGACAGGCCAGGUGAGAGCCAAGGCCCUCACCCGGCCUGUGCCAGGGUUCUGCAGUGCCCCUUCCGUUGGUUCUGAGCAGAAGUGGGAGCAUGCAGCAGACACCCACAGAGUCUGGGAGUUCGAGGGGGCCACCAUCUCUACCCUGGCAGGAGACUUAGACAGCAGCCUUGGGGAGGGCACGGCUGAGACUGUCACCAUAUCUGAGGAUGAAGCCACCAGCCCAGAAGGCCACAGUGACAGCUCUGAGGGUUGGAGCGAUGCCAACCUGGAGCCCAAUGACCUGUCGAGUACCCCUUCUGGGGCCUCAGAGGAGCUCUUACCACUGAUGCCAACAGCUAUGCUGAUACCGCUCAGGCCGCCGCCCUCGGAGCUGGGCCACAUCCAGGCCCAGGCCCAGGCCCACGCCCACGAGGCCAGCCUGCCCUGGACUGGCCUCCACAAGAGGAAUGGCCUUAAGGUAAAGAAGAGCAUGUCGACCCAAGCUCCCUUGUGAACCAGGAGCCCUGGGACAUGUGCCUCUAGACUAUCACAGAGCA